AUGAAUGAGGAGGCUCUGUUGGCACGAGCUUCCGAGGAGCGGGAGCGUAUCUUCCAAAGAUACGAAAGAGGACGUGACAAUCUCGUUGGCCAAAUAGACCCUUGGGAAGAUCCAGAAUUUGAAGAUUACCAUAAAACAGAUAGAUAUGGCUUCAUACAUGAUGAACGUCUUACACAGAAGACAGCACCACAGAAAGUCAAUGUUGAGGUUGAAAGAGAAAAGAAAUGGGUCAAAAUGCUUGGAUCCUGGGAUUCUCAAACAACAAAGGAAAAGUUACAUAGAAGAAUAUAUAAAGGCAUUCCAAACUCCUUGAGAAUAAAAAUAUGGUGCAAACUAUUAAAUGUAAAUGCCAUAAAAUCAGAAAACCUUGGGAAAUACCAAGAAAUGCUAAAAUUAGCAAAACAUUGGUCCACAGAUGUUAGGCAAAUAGAUUCUGAUGUUAACAGACAAUUCAGGGAACACCAAUUCUAUAGAGAGAGAUAUUCAGAAAAGCAGUGUUCAUUAUUUAAUGUUUUAUGUGCUUAUAGCAUGUACAAUUCUGAAGUGGGCUACUGCCAGGGCAUGUCAGGUUUAGCAGGUGUAUUGCUCAUGUAUAUGGAUGAGGAGGAUGCAUUUUGGGCACUUACAAUCCUUUUAUCAGAUAAGAAAUAUGCCAUGCAUGGAUUGUAUGUAGAGGGAUUUCCAAAGCUAACACGGUUUCUAGAGCAUCACGAUAAGAUACUUACCAAGUUUAUGCCCAAGUUGAAACAUCAUUUCGACAAGUUCGGCCUUGAUGCCAUACUCUAUUCUCUUAAAUGGUUCUUUGUUUGUUUCGUGGAACGAGUGCCCUUCAGCUUAUGUUUGAGAGUGUGGGAUAUUUAUCUGCUCGAUGGAGAGCGUGUUAUUACUGCUAUGGCGUAUACUAUUCUUAAACUUCACAAAAAAGCUAUUAUGAAAUUGAAUGACAUGGACCUUAUUGUAAAUUUUAUUCAGGUGAAACUUCAUAAAGACUUUGGGUUUGAAGAUGAUGUUGUUAUAUAUCACUUAGAGCGAUCUAUGGAAGAAUUGAAGCGUGCUAAACUUGACUACCCGGGCCCACCUCCUGCUUCAGAACUGCCACAACGAGCUCUUGGAAUUUUCGUAGAACCAGAUAAGAAAUCAAAAAUUGGUCAACGAGCUGAAAAUUUUUCAGAAACUGAAAAGCAAGCCCGAGCCACAGUAAUUUUACGGCGUGAGAAGGCUGCUCUAGAGCUGUCGGAGUUACGUGUGUCUCAAAGUGACACGGUCUCAGUGUUGUGCUCAGAUCACAGCGGCGUGGCCAGCGGGGUCCGGUGUGAAGACUCGGUGUCCGCUCUAGGGUCUCGUCGGUCGCUCGCAGACACUAGUGUCACGAGUACGGCAGAUCUCAGUGUCUUCUCUAGCGGCCGGUCUCACGCGCCAGACAACUCUCUGGACACUCACAGCAACAUCAGCGACGAUGGCACAGGGUCAGAUGGAUCGGGUAUUUGCGGUAUGAGUAUAAUACAAAGGGGCACAACGGCACAUUCUACCCCUCGGGCGACGCCCCACCCGCCUUCCGUGUCGCCUCAAUCUGAAGAUGUAGUCCGCAUACACGUUACAUACAACCCGCUCGCCGCUAGUCCCUCACAUUUGCAACCGGUUAGUCCAAACUAUAAAUCUUACGAUAAAGAAUAUCGUAAACCCGUCUCUCUAGGUUUUUACGCGAGCAAUGGCGCUACCAACGUGGCCUCCGAUAAUAGGAUAAGGAUACAGGUCUCAUCCGAUGAACUCUUGACCCCGGUGGUUGACUCAGGCCGCAUCAUCACGCCAUGCUACGUAGAAUCGCACUCUGGAAUCUAUGAUAUUAAA